AUGGCUACACCAGUUCGUACACCAGGCAAAUUUGUAAACUACGUCCUUUUCCCUGUAACAACAGUCUUUUUACUCGGAGCAAUUGUUCGACAUCCAGCCAAGUCAACAAGAGCACACAUCCAGACUAUCAAAGCGGAUGGUUCAGAUAAAGAUCAAGUUCUGAAUGAAUGGAAGCGAGUGAACGAUGGUUUAGGAGUGAACGACGUGCGUAGGAGCUGUGGAGGAGUCUAG